AUGCUCUUGAAAUGGGGAAAACACGCAAAGGAGAACGAUCAACAGCAACAACAGAAUCUCGACCCUGAGAACCCAGAAUCUUCUCGAUUCUUCUGUCGGAACUGUGCCUCUUCUCUGUCGCGUCUCUUUGAUCUCCGAUGUCUCAUCGUUUUGGUCCUAACCUUUGCGAUUCUUCUUUCUGCGAUCUUCUGGUUGUUACCACCGCGUCGGUCGCUGUCUGAAUUCGACGCGGACGAGACAAUUAAACUCACUGCACCAGUACAAGCAUAUUUUAGACUUCAUAAACUAUCUCCUGAGGUUAUUUCCCAUAAAGGAAGACUAGAGAAGGAUAUCUUUCGGAGUCUAGAUCUUAUGAACGCCAAGGUGACUAUUCUGUCUCUGCAUCAAUCUGGUGCAUUUAAUUGCACAGACGUGGAGUUUGCGGUUCUACCUGUCCCUACUGACUAUUCAAUAAGCAAAGACUCAUUAACUUCACUGCGAUCGCAUUUUGUUAAGCUCUUUGCUCAAAGAUCGAAUCUGAAUCUGACCACUUCGAGUUUCGGCCAGCCAACUUCUUUUCAGGUUUUGAAAUUUCCCGAGGGAAUAACUGUAGAUCCCCUGGGGUUUAAACCUGUCUCUGGAGCACUAGAGAUCCUGUUUAACUUUACUCUAGACAUUUCGAUAUCGGAGAUACAAGAGAACCUUGCUGACCUAAAGGAUCAACUUGAGCUAUUGUUACGUUUGGAGCCAUAUGAGAGCGUUCGUGUUCAGCUCACGAAUGAAGAAGGGUCUACAAUAUCUCCUCCACUAAAUGUUCAGGCUUAUGUUGUCUCAACCAUGGAAAACCAUCUUGAUCAGAGAUUGGACAAUCUUGCUCAGAUCAUUCAAACAUCCCGCGCGAAAAAUCUCGGUCUAGACAGCUCAGUUUUUGGUGAAGUCAAGAGUAUUACUUUCUCAACUUACCUUGAAGGCAAAGUUCUUGAUUCUGCUUCGGUAUUGGCACCAGCACCAACUUCUUGCUUCCCUUCUCUGUGUUAA